UUUCUCACGCCACAUGCGCGUCGGUUGCAGAGCAAGCGCCUCAGGCCAACGUUGGCAGGAACAAUCACUAGCGAGACUUGUCCCUUGUUGUAGUCCAAUCCAUGACCUGAACUCGCCGCCGACUGGGUGCUCUUGUGUUCAUAGACUCUUCUUAAGCUAUGAUGGAUACGUAUUCUCAGGUCGCUGGACCGUCCAAUGGGAACCUGACUUCAAAAUCUGGAAUUGCCCCAGAAAUCGUUAUGAAUGGCGUCCAUGAACCUACUUUAGAAGAAUUGGAGAGGGAACUUCCCUACGUUGGAGAUGGGCAAAUUCAUCUUGGAGAACUCGUCUCUCGCACAGUCCAGACAAUCUAUGCCGAGCUGACGGAAUUGGCUGAGACAAUGCCCAACAUGUCAGAUGCGAAUCGAAAGCGCACCCUCGCAGAGUGGGUCGUCAAAACCAAGAAACAAGUGGUGAAACUUUACGCCGUUGUGCGAUGGGCUCGGGAUGCUGGUGUAGUUCAGAAAGCUAUGAACGUAACUGCGUUCCUGAUGGAUCAAAAUGCUCAAUUUGAGGAGGCCAUCAACCGCUUGAAAUCUGCGAAGGAUGGUCUUGAUCCUGCAAGGUGCGUUUUGGAACUUUGUACGAACUGGAAUGUGAUAUUGAAGCCAUCCAAUAGAAUGCGAAAUCAUGAUUUACUAACAUCAUUGGACGUCCUUACAACUGGAUCAUACAGGAGGUUACCUACCAUUAUCAAGCAAUGGAUUGUACCGCCUGAUCCACUCACCGACGAAGAAGUUGCAAACACUCUUGCCGAAGUGGAACACGCCAUGCGCUAUCGACUGCGUAUGAUUGACGUCAUCCCUCUGGAGAUGUCCAAAUAUCGUAUAUCGGACGGUCGCUCCUUUUUCACCGCGCCUCAUCUCUUCGAGGCAUCAUUAUGCGUUCGAGGUGCGAAGAAGGAUGAUGGCUGGUUCUUCGUUGACGUGGAAUUCCUUUUCACUAUCGGCGGCGAUGUUACCAGUAUGCAGGAUUUUCCACGCAAGCCGGUGGGUCCAGUGAAACGCCACAUAGCCGACGAAGCGGAUGCGCGGUUGGCCUUCUACCUCCCUGUUCCUGAAAAUCUAAACCCUCCGCCUGGCGUGGAGAUUCCUUCUCCGCGAAAGCUACCUGAGGGUGUCAUCGACGCGCCUCUAGUUCGCGUAUUUAACUUCUUACAAAUGAUGUCAAUGUCGUAUCAACUUGAAAUCCUUUGGUUCCAGGCUGAGAGAUUACGUUCCCUCGGCUGGGCCGAUUACCUCAAGGUUGAGAUGACUAACCACCGACGGACACUCACGCUCUCGUACUGGAUUCGCAAACCACCGCCCUCGAAUCAACGAGUAAAUAUACCUCGAUUAGGGGGCACCUUGACAAUAUCCAUCGUGAAAUCAGAAACGUCUUCCUCGCCGGUAUCCAAGGCGCAUCCUCCACAUAGAUCUGCAAAAGCGCAGGUCCUAGCUGAGUUGCAAGAACGAUCGAAGUUAGGCGAACGCAAACGACCCUCCGAUACUGUGGAGCACCUGCGGUUCGAAGUCAAGUGGGAGCCGCAGAGAGUUGCGCUUGGGAUGUCAAUUCCUUUCGAAGCAGUGACACUUCCCGAGGGAGAAUUGAGAGUGGAUCCAGAUAACCUUGAUGUUGAGUCGCUACUGCGCAAGGUCCUCUUCCGACAUUCUGUUGCGAUACUUUCCACAUACCAACAACAGUUACAACAUGCAACACACACGAUCGCCUUUGCCUAUCCAACUGCUGUCAAACUUAUAUCGGAUGACGUGUCCACACACCUUCGUGUGCAUUUAUGUGCAGAUGAGGUAGUCGUUGUUUCCAUAGAUAUGCGCACCGGUCGACUUGGAAUACGGGACACUGGCGACCUUGCUGCGUCCGGCCGUGCUCCACGUUUCCAGACCAUUACGGAAUAUCUCAACAUUAACCCGCCACUACUUGCUGAUUUCUUGCUCAGGCUGCGGCUGAAUACAAUCACUGACCUUGCGGAACAAAAAGCUGAAUACCUUGGCCUACAAUGUUAUCGUCAACGCAAUAUCCCACAAGAGGAUUUACAAAGGUUCGGCCCUACCGCAAAAGGGUAUCUCUUCAUCCAAUUAUCAAUGUUCUCCGCGAACUACCUGGUCUUGGUGAUCACCGAUCUAGAGUUUCGCUACGCUCUCAUCGAAGUGAAGCGCCAGGAAGGCAAAGUCAUAGAUACACUUGGAAUCGAGGAUCUCGGUUGGAUCGACGUGCGACGAAUGCGUAGCGGGCGGACUCAGAUGGAGUUGAAUCAAGCGCCCCUAAGUCGUAAACGCAAGGCUGAGGACGCUAACGAUGAAGAAAUUAUCCCGGAACCAGGCUCUCCUGCUAGCUUUAAGUUGGAGAGUCAAGUCUUACGUGAACUAUACGCGUAUUGCUGUGCCCGCGUCGCCUACACCAAGGUGGAGCAUCAGCUGAAAUCGCAUAGCAUUCCUUCGUCAUAUGUCAAACCAGCUGCCGCAGGCGGACUUCCUCCAGGUCUCGGACGACUACAGUCGUCACUCAUCAACGCUAUCCCUGCACUUUGUGUUAAAUCAUCGGAUUUGCUCGCUGGUGCUGAAGGUGUGGAAGCGGCAAUGCCUAACAUUCGCAUCAUCCCGCUGCACUGGUGGGCAGACCAGCGCAUGGAAGUGGUGACUUGCGUCAAGUUGAAGUACGUUCAGCAACCACUUGGGAAAAGAGCCGGGAACAGCUCCGUUAUUCGUCCGUCGAAGAGGAUCAUCUACGAUGCGAAUGAGGCUGUUGUUUCGUUCCUUUCGGAAGAUGUUGACAAAUGUGUCAAUGAAUUUCUAGAAGAGUGGGCGAAAGUUUCCAAGAUGGUGGUCAUUGCUCGUGAAGUUGCUCAAAUGGCGUCGGAGAAAAAUUGGGGCGACGUUCGAUUACUUUCGUUUGAUUUACAGACAGUCGAAUUCGCCUAUGCUCCAGAUUACAGCGUCUCGAUUACCUGCGGCAACCACCUCUUCCUCGACGGCCCAUACGAACUUUAUUUCUCUCGACCCCGCGUUGGAAAUGAACAGAGCCGAUAUAAUCCGCAUACAGAAGUUGAACCUUUUAUGCGGAACAUAUUACGCCAUGGAUCUCUAGGGCCAUCGCUGCAUCGUCUUGUAUCACUUCUUAGAGAGACACUACCCAUCGUGUUAGUUCUGCAAGAAAUUCAGGACAAAGCAGAACAAUCGAACGACAACGUUGAUACGUUCGCGAAGUCCGCAGAGUGGUUCAGGGUGUUGUAUGGCGACUUCAAACACGCUCUCGAUUUCCGAUUGAUGAAAGGCUCGCGGGUCCUCGUCUUGGAUGCCUCACACUCCCUCUUCCCCGCCGCCGAGGAUGCUAAAUCAAAAGACUCAAAACCCAUCAAUGGUCUUCUAGUCUUACACCCCAUCCCUGACUUUUCCCAGCUCGUUUCAGAGACUUUGAAAGACCUCGCGUCCCAGAAAACAAUCGGCACAGUUCACCCUGUUGACACCGGCUUGAUUUGCGAUGGAUCGGCCGUCACAUUGAUAGGGAAGGCUCUUUACGAGCGAGUGUUGCAAAAGCUCAAGCAGGUACUUGUGGGUGAAAGCUCUUCGAGUUCAUGACAUCCUACUCUUGUUAGCCACUAAUGUAGCAGCAUAACACAACAUCAUUCAGCCUCUCAUCUUGAGGCACAUAGCAAUGCAAUCGACUUGUCAUACGGCAAUCAAGUCUCGUUCCAUUGACGAGUCCUACAAAGAUGUUUGAAAUAUGAUCCAUUUAAAAGGUAUUAUUUUACAGCAAGUAAUAAUACGAAUGGAAUCCAUCAGACGAACAUUCAACCCGCUGGUUAGUUUUCCACCGACUGCAGAGCAGCACAAGCGAGAAAGAAACCAAACGUCCUCGAGACCCACAAAGCAAGUUUGCAAGCCAUGUUCUCGGUAUGACGGGCGAAUGCGAUUGUCAUCGACUGAAUUUGAAAGGUGUGGCAUGUGUAAACAUGCGAGACUCGAGUUAGAAACUAUAAAAUAGAUCCUAGCUGAGUAUGUUCUAAGGAAGCAACAAUGUGGGAGUUCCUCCUUAUAUACUGCCAGACCUGGUCCGUGCGUAACGCUCGCGUGGCACUUUGAUCGCUCUCAAUCUGGGCAAGGACCUGCCUCUU